GCCAGGUCGCGGAAGGCCGCUCCAGUUUACCCGCCCCGGGCCAGCGCUGGCGCUUUGGCCUCGGAGGUGGGGUGAUGGCCGCCUCGCACCGGGAGGCGAAACUGGCGGCCGCCAGUCUCCACCUCCCGGUAAAUCCCCAAACCGGAGCGCGGGUCGCCCAGUACGAGCGUGAAGACCUCUUAGAGGCCCUGGCGGCGGCAGUCUCGCUGGAGGAGGAUGAGAAGGUGUUGCGGCCCGCGCGGGCGUGGGCUGAUUCUGACACCAACUCUGCAGUGCAGGGAAGAAGUUUCAACUAUGGCAACAUUGUGAGCUUUUCUGACAUCCGCCACUCUAACGAAGAGUAUUUCAGGAAACUAGAGGAGCUGAAGGCUGCUCACAUAGAAAGUAUGGCAAAAUUAGAGAAAAUGUACCAGAAUAAAUUAAAUUUAAAGGAAUUUCAGCCAGCGACCAUCAGGGAAGAUAUUCCCAGCAACUCUUCCAGUUCUGUAUCGGAAAAUAGCUCCUGUCAUCCUGUUGUGUUAAUGACGUCGCUUUCGGAGCCAGACUUAGGCCAGUCUUCCUCCUUGUAUACUUCUUCCUCGGAAGAAGAGCUGCCCAACCUAGAAAAAGAGCAUCCUGGGAAAAACAAAAUAAUGAACUAUGCUAAGGAGCUCAUUAGCAACAUGUGGAAAGACUUUUGUGUUGAAGAUUAUAUUCAGGGUGAAGAUACUGACUUCCAAGUAACUGAAAAAACAAGAAAGAAACCAAAAAGAUGGGUGCCCACAAUUACAAUACCUGUACCUUUUCAAAUGAUGAUUAGAGAACAGAAGAAAAAAGAAGCCAUGAAAUCUAAAUCAGAUAUAGAAAUAGUACAAAAACUGCUCAAAAACGAAGAAGAUUCAGAGUGUAAGAAGAAAUUCCGAGCCAAUCCAGUUCCUCUGAGUGUCCUCCUUCCCCUGUAUCAUGAGCUAGUUAAGCAAAGUGAAGAACGGAGGAGGGCUAGGAAGGAGAAAAACAGAGAAACUCUUUUGGCCUUACAAAAGCCAUUUACAUUUGUUGCAAGGGAAGAACAGAAGCAAGCAGCCCGGGAAAAGCAACUGAGAGAUUAUUUCAAGUCUAAAAAGAAAACAUAUCGAUUUAAAGCCAAACCCAUACCUCGAUCUACUUAUGGUUCAGCCUACAGCGACAAGUUAAAAGAAGAAGAGCUCCUUCGAAACAUUAGGACACAGCUGAAAGCACAACAGCUUUUACAGAAUUCUUCCCCUCUGCUUUAUAGACCAGGUUACAAACAUGUUAGGAACCCCAAGUGUCCUGAACAGGCUGGGAAAUUAAGGAAUAAACACAAGGCCAGGUCCGAGACUCCUGAUGUUGAGGACCUUCCUGAGGAGUAUAAGAAACGCUUCUCAGAACACAAGUGUCCAAAAUUCUCAGCAGUCCAAAAACCACCUGAUCUUCAUGUUACUUCGAGUAAAUCUGCUGAAAGGGAGAACAAUUUGGUAGAUGAAGAAAAUUUGAAACAGGCACGUUGCCCUCAUCUGUCUCCAAGGCGUAAGUCAUCAGGAAGAAAUGCAAGUGCAAAACCUGCGUCUUGCAGCUGCAGGCCUCCAGUGCCCACAGUGUCCUCCAGAGGACGGGAACGAGCCAUCAGGAGAUCACUUGAGGAAAAGAAAAUGUUGGAAGAAGAAAGAAAUCGGAUCUUAACUAAGCAGAAGCAAAGAAUGAAAGAAUUACAGAAACUCCUGACAACCCGGGCUAAGGCUUAUGAUCCACAUCAAAGUUUAGCUCAAAUGUCUAAAUCUAAAGUAAAAUAUCUCAGAAAGAGUGAAAAGGAAAGGAUGAGAGAGUACCGACGAGAACAAGAAGAAAGAGAAGAAAAAUUAAAAAUGAGGCCACUGCUAUUUGAAAGAGUUUCUCAGAAAAAUGCGAGAAUGGCAGCAGAAAAGCAUUAUUCUAACAAACUAAAAGCACUAGGAAUAUCUGAUGAGUUUGUUUCAAAGAAAGGCAAAAGUGGAAAAGUAUUUGAGUACUUCAGCAAUCAAGAGAUGAAAAGUUUCACUGAAGAUAAAGAAAGCUUUAAUGAAGAAAAAGUAGAAGAGAGAGAGAAUGGGGAAGAAAAUUAUUUUAUUGAUACCAACAGUCAAGACUCUUGCAAGGAUCAAGAGGAAGACAAUGAAGAGAGUGGAGAAGUGUCUGGUGAAGGAUAGAACGGCACCAGCAAGGCCUCCUCUCUGUGCCCUGCUACUGUGUGCAGCAGCUGUGCCUGUGCUGUGAGGACGUCCUUGUGCGCAGGGCCGGUGCACAAGGCUUACCGAGGAAGAAGGCUGAAUCCAGCCAGUCAGGGAUUUAAUCAGUUAGAGUAAUUCCCGGUUUUUUAAGAAUUGCAACAUAUGGUUUUUUGCUACAUUGAUCUUGUAUUUUUAAAGUGUUUGGAAAAAAAGUUUGAGAAUCACAGCUGAUACAA